AUGUAUUCAAUUCUAGCAUUAGCUACUCAGAUGUUAGUGCAUACAAAUACUGCACGCACUUCUACCAUAGAACAAACGGAUUUGAUUCAACAACCAAAGAUUCGCCAAAUUCGUAUUCCUGGGGAUAUCAUCAUUGGAGGAGUUUUUCCGGUGCAUUCAACAUCAAAUAACCCGGAGGAUCCUUGUGGUGAAAUUGCCGAAACUAGGGGUGUACAUAGAGUAGAAGCUAUGCUAUUUGCUUUGGACUUAAUUAAUUCUAAUCCAAAUAUUCUUCCUGAUCACAAACUGGGUGCAUUGAUUGUGGAUUCAUGUUCUAAUCCAGCUUAUGCUUUGAAUCAAAGUUUGGAUUUUGUAAGAGAUUUGAUUGACUCAACUGAUCAAUCAGAGUUGGUCUGCAGCGAUGGGAGUCGUCCAUUCUCACCUAUGCUCUAUCAAAAAAACAGAAUAGCUGCUGUUGUUGGUGGAUCUUAUAGUUCAGUAUCGGUGCAAGUUGCUAAUCUACUGCGGCUUUUUCAAAUAUCUCAAGUUAGCCCAGCUAGUACUAACUCUGAUCUGUCAGAUAAGACGCGUUUUGAAUAUUUUGCAAGAACUGUGCCCUCUGACGCAUAUCAAGCAAUGGCUAUGGCUGACAUUGCUGCUCAUUUUUUGUGGACAUACGUAUCUUUAGUCUAUUCAGCUGAUGAAUACGGCGAAUUGGGCGCCGACGCUUUUAAAAAGGAAGCGCGUAAAAAAGGAAUAUGCAUAGCUAUUGAAGAGCGUCUUCAAAUGAAACGACGAAGUUUUGAAGAUUCUGUUGAGAAUCUCAUUAAAAAGUUGCAAGUGGAGAAGCCGGUUGGUGCAAGAGUUGUGGUCCUAUUCGUUGGAUCAGAGUAUAUUCCUGAGCUAUUACGUAUGACUGCAGAGAAAAAUCAAAAGGCUUUCAAUAAAAAACAGAACAUCAUAUGGCUUGCAUCCGAAAGUUGGGAUCGAAAUAAUCCUAAGUAUACAAAAGGAAAUAACCGGGAAAUAGCUGAAGGAGCCAUUGUUCUUACUCUCACUUCAAAAAAAGUCCCAGCAUUUGAGGAAUAUUUUUUGGAUAUGAAACCAGGGACUCCAAAAUUUGAACGAAAUAAGUGGAUGAAAGAGUUAUGGAUUCAAAAAUAUAAUUGUAAAUUUGAUAUUGAUGAGGAUUCAGUGCCAUCUGAGAUCAAGAGAUGUGAAGACAUCGUACCUUCGAAAAUAUUUCAAACCGAUGACAAGGUCCAAUUUGUGAUCGAUGCCAUGUAUGCUAUAUCCUAUGCUCUUCACUCUUAUCGUAAAGAUCAAUGCUCAAACACAACUAAAUGGAUGGAAAGAACACCAAGAGACACAAUGCUAUGCGACAAACUAAAAAGCAUUGAUGGAGAUAUAUUUUAUAAAAAAUAUCUAAUGAAUGUUCAAUUUGAAAAUAUGUUUGGGGACGCUUUCCGUUUCACCCCAAAUGGAGAUGGUCCAGCUGCGUAUACCAUAUUGAACUUUAGAACCAAACAUAAGCCGGGAAAUGGUUCAGAGGAAUCUGGCAAUAUUUUGAAUGAGACUGAGUCAGAUUAUGUUGAGAUAGGCCACUGGUCGGAAAAUAAUUUAACUAUAUUGGAUGAUAAACUGAAAUGGAGAACAGGAUUUCUACCAUUGUCAUUAUGCUCGUUACCAUGUUCGAUUGGUAGUAGAAAACAACUGAUCAAGGAUGAGCAAUGUUGUUGGGCUUGUAUCAAGUGUGAACAUAAUGAGUAUCUAGUCAAUGAAACACACUGUUCACCAUGUGAACAAGGGUGGUGGCCUGAUGAAAGGACUAGGAGCUUCUGCUAUGACCUAUCUAUAAAGAAUUUAGAGUUUAUGGUCUAUUCAUCAUGGUAUUCCAUCAUACCUAUGUUUAUGGCUGCAAUUGGCAUGAUAGCUACAAUUUUCACAAUAUUCAUCUAUAUCAAAUAUAAUGAUACUCCUGUUGUCAAAGCAUCAGGUCGUGAGUUGACUUACAUCAUAUUGCUUUCUAUGCUUAUGUGCUAUGGAAUGACUUUUGUACUGGUGGCUAAACCAUCAACAAUCGUUUGCGCUCUCAAACGUACUGGAAUCGGGUUUUCAUUCUCUUGUAUGUAUUCUGCCAUGUUCGUUAAGACCAAUCGGAUAGCCCGUAUUUUUUCGGAAGCAACAAGAACAGCCAGACGUCCACGAUGUAUCACCCCUCUGUCACAAGUGUUUUUGUGUGGAAUACUGGCUGGACUACAACUUUUCGGAAGUCUGAUCUGGCUCUAUGUUAAAGAACCCGGUACUCGGUUUGAUUUUCCAUCUAAAAAACAAGUUGUUCUGACUUGUAAUGUACCUGAUCAUCAUUUCCUAUUCUCUUUAUGUUAUGCAGCUAUUUUAGUGAUAUUAUGUACUGUUUAUGCCAUAAGAACUAGAACGGUACCUGAGAACUUCAAUGAAACGAAAUUUAUUGGUUUCACUAUGUACACCACGUGUGUCAUAUGGAUCAGUUGGAUAUUCUUCUAUUUUUGUGGUGGAACAGUUGAUUUUAAGAUGCAUACCACAUCGUUAUGUGUAUCAAUUUCUAUGUCUGCUAAUGUGGUUUUCGCUUGUAUUUUCUCCCCCAAAGUAUGGAUCAUAUUAUUUGAAAAAGAGAAGAAUGUCCAUAAGCCCGAAGGCCAGUCAAUGUUGAGUAAACGAUCUAUGAGCAACAGUAGAACUCGUCUCUAUUCUGGUGCUGGUCCUUCUUCCAUAACAGAAGAACCUAAAGAAACUACUGGUCUUUUGAAUGAAUCUCGUAAACGCUCCAUUGCAAAAGGAAUUUCCACACCAUCAGAUACAUCAGCGCAAGAUACCCUCUUAUGA